AAUUUUUUUUUUUUUUUUUUAUUUUAUUUCGGAUGGAAUCAUUUCUGCAUGGAGACAAAAAGCUCCGCCACGGCUGUCAUAGAAAGUUUACAAGUCAUACCAUGUCUUCACCAUGCUUGCGAACAAGGAACGUCAUUCAUCUACGCAUUACCCCCAGCACGUCAUUACGUGUUAUUAUCUAUCUGCGCCAAGAAAACAUUGCUUGGUUCAAUGAGAACGGUCUUCUUCCUUUGGUGAUAAGUACACUACAGCCUGUUGUUGUCAACCAUUUGGUGACCACGCAGGCAAAAUCCGCAGCUAAACGAAAGAAAGAAAUGGAAAUAUUUCAUACACUGAAUCAUGACUCAUUCUCCUUGGCAUAUCGGUUUACAUGGCAUGAUAUUCACCAAGCAAUUAUGCUGCGUGAACCUCUUGAAGAAACUUCUACACUCUAUAGACCACUGUCCAUUUACCCUUAUCAACUAUCCGUCUCCAUAGACCACCCUCAAUUCAACCACACGAUACUAGACGCCUAUUUUCGUAAUUUAUAGUACAUGAAAGUAGAAAUAGUUUUUAUUUACAAGA